AUGGAGAUGCAGCUGCUGUGGGUCCUUGUCCUUGCCGGGCUCUCGGGGAUCCUUGCGCAGACAGACCUGUACCAAAAGGUGUUUGUCUUCCGCAAUGAUCCGAGCAAUGCCUAUGUCAGGGUGCAGACGAAGCCAGAGCAGCCACUGCAGAACUUCACCGUGUGCCUGCGGUCGUUCAGCGACCAGACCCGGCCCUACGGCCUCUUCUCCUAUGCCAGCAAGGCCCAUGACAAUGAGAUCCUCAUCUUCAAGCUGAAGUCCGGGGAGUACCGGCUGUACGUGGGGGGGGAGUUUGUGAUGUACCACGUCCCAGAGAAUCGCAUGGACUGGGACCAUGUCUGCGCCAGCUGGGAAUCCGCUAUGGGCCUUGCUACCUUCUGGAUUAACGGGAAGCCCCUGCCCCGGAAGGGGCUGCAGAAAGGCUACUUCAUCAGCACCGAGGCCAUGAUCCUGCUGGGGCAGAAGCAGGAUGGCUACGGGGGCAGCUUCGACCCAUACAAUUCACUCACAGGGGAGAUGGCUGACGUAUACAUGUGGGAGUAUGUGCUGUCACCAGCGCAGAUGAGGGCUGCCUAUCUUUCCCUGCGGCUGCCUCCCUGCGCCCUGGGCUGGCGGAACCUGCAGUAUGAAAUCAAAGGGGACGUGGUCGUGAAACCCAGGCUGAGAGAGUCCGUGGUGCUGUGAAAGCAGGAUAGGCCCACAGGCUUUGCAGCCUACCCCCUCCCCUUCUUUCCCCAGUUCUGCCUCGUUCCAGAGGCUCUGUCCCCGCCAGAUGUCUGCCCGCCACUGCACCCCGCUGCAAUCAAGCAUAAGGGAGAGCGUAAGAAUACAAGAAGUGCUGUGCUGCAUCAGACCAGCAGCCCAUCUGGCCCAGUAUUCUUCCUCCGACAGUGGCAGAUGGAUGCUAUAGCCGGAGAGCACUGAACUGGACAACUCUAGAGUCAUCUCUCCCCUUUCAGUGUCCUCCCUGGCAUCCAGCAUUAUUGGAUUAAAGAUGCCAGAGGAAACAUCUCCCACCAGUCUGUUCAACAGCCAUUAAUAGAUCUACCAGCCAUGAAUUUACCCAGUCCCUUUUGAACCUGGCUUUGCUCUCUGCCUCCA